UAUAUAUAAAUAUAAUAUAUGAAGAAGGACAAAAUUUCAUCAUUUUAAGCUCCUAACUAUUUUUAUUAUACUUCAUUUGCACUCACAACUCCAUAACAGAUUCAAAAGCCCAAAACAGCACCUUGCAUUAAGGUAAGUGUUUCUCCCCUCUUAAAACUUUGCCACCAUAUCAUUCAUACUUUCUUUUGUCUCAACUCUCCGAUUCUAUAUAAAGAGGCUCUAGUAGUAUCUAUAUAGUUCGUUAAAGUCUGGUUAAGAAUUGUUCCGGUCAACAUUCAUAGUCUGUUUCUCUUUGUGCCUCAUUGUUUUUAUUUUUAUGGGGUAUCUAUAUGUGUUUCUUCUUUGCUUUUCUAUAUUGUUAUAUGUUACUUCUGCAUUGAACUUUGAGGGUUUGGCUCUGUUGUCACUUUUGAGCCACUGGACUGUUGUGCCUGCUAACAUAAGUUCCACAUGGAAUUCCUCUCAUUCCACUCCAUGUUCAUGGAAAGGAGUGGAGUGUAGUGAUGAUUCCCUAAAUGUAACAUCUCUAAGCCUAAGUGAUCAUUCAAUUUCAGGUCAAUUAGGACCUGAAAUUGGAAAGUUGAUUCACCUUCAAUUACUAGACUUGUCAAUCAAUGAUCUCUCGGGUGAAAUUCCUAUAGAGUUAAGCAAUUGUAAUAUGCUUCAGUACUUGGAUCUUUCUGAAAACAAUUUCAGUGGUGAAAUUCCCUCAGAAUUAAGCAAUUGUAGCAUGCUUCAGUACUUGUAUCUUUCUGUAAACAGUUUCAGAGGUGAAAUUCCUCAAUCCUUGUUUCAAAUUAAUCCUUUGGAAGAUUUGCGUCUCAAUAACAAUAGUUUAAAUGGUUCAAUUCCCGUUGGUAUUGGAAACCUUGCUAACCUUUCUGUGAUAAGUCUUGAGAGUAAUCAGUUGUCAGGAACAAUUCCCAAAUCCAUUGGAAAUUGCAGUCAAUUGAGUUACCUAAUUUUGGACUCGAAUCGAUUGGAGGGAGUUCUACCGGAGAGUCUAAACAAUCUAAAAGAACUUUAUUAUGUAAGUCUCAAUCAUAAUAAUCUUGGAGGGGCCAUUCAAUUAGGGUCGAGAAAUUGCAAAAAUUUAAAUUAUUUGAGUCUUUCAUUCAAUAAUUUUACUGGUGGUAUUCCAUCAAGUUUAGGUAAUUGUAGUGGUCUAACAGAGUUCUAUGCUGCAAUGAAUAAAUUAGAUGGAAACAUACCAUCAACCUUUGGUUUGCUUCACAAUCUUUCUAUUCUGGAAAUUCCAGAGAAUCUUUUGUCUGGGAAUAUACCUCCACAGAUUGGUAAUUGCAAGUCAUUGGAAAUGUUACAUUUGUAUACCAAUGAACUUGAGGGAGAAAUUCCUAGUGAAUUAGGAAAAUUGAGUAAAUUACGCGAUCUUAGAUUGUAUGAAAACCUUCUGGUAGGGGAAAUUCCACUUGGCAUAUGGAAAAUUCGAAGCCUUGAACAUGUUCUUGUGUAUAAUAAUAGUCUCAUGGGGGAGCUACCUGUGGAGAUGACUGAGCUCAAAAAUCUCAAGAACAUUUCAUUGUUUAACAACCAAUUUUCUGGAGUUAUACCUCAAACCUUAGGAAUUAAUAGCAGUUUGGUGCAGUUGGAUUUCACGUCUAACAAUUUUAAUGGUACUCUCCCACCAAAUCUUUGUUUUGGAAAGAAAUUAGCGAAGCUGAAUAUGGGUGAAAAUCAAUUUAUUGGAAGGAUAACUUCGGAUGUUGGAAGUUGUACAACUCUCACAAGGUUGAAACUUGAAGAUAAUUAUUUUACUGGUCCUCUUCCUGAUUUCGAAACGAAUCCGAGUAUCUCAUACUUGAGCAUUGGCAACAAUAAUAUCAAUGGAACAAUUCCAUCAAGUUUGAGUAACUGCACAAACCUCUCUCUUUUAGAUUUGUCCAUGAACAGCUUAACGGGUUUUGUACCCUUAGAGCUUGGAAACCUUCUGAAUCUCCAGAGUUUGAAGCUUUCUUACAAUAACUUAGAAGGUCCUUUGCCACAUCAACUUUCAAAGUGUACCAAAAUGAGUGUAUUUGAUGUGGGAUUCAAUUUCCUUAAUGGUUCGUUUCCAUCAAGUCUUCGGAGCUGGACAGCAUUGACCAGUUUGACUCUCAGAGAGAAUCGUUUUAGUGGGGGAAUCCCGGAUUUCUUGUCAGCAUUUGAAAAUCUCAACGAGUUAAAACUCGACGGAAAUAAUUUUGGAGGAAACAUUCCUAAAUCAAUUGGACAAUUGCAGAAUUUGUUGUAUGACUUAAAUCUUAGUGCUAAUGGACUAGUAGGUGAGCUUCCAAGGGAGAUUGGAAACCUGAAGAGUUUGCUAAAAAUGGAUCUAUCUUGGAACAAUUUGACAGGAAGCAUACAAGUUCUCGACGAGCUCGAAUCAUUAUCCGAAUUGAACAUUUCAUACAAUUCUUUUGAAGGUCCUGUACCAGAACAACUGACGAAGUUAUCAAAUUCUUCUUCAUCCUUUUUGGGCAAUCCCGGCCUGUGUGUUAGCCUUUCAUUACCCAGCAGCAAUUUAAAACUAUGCAAUCACGAUGGCACAAAAUCAAAAGGCCACGGCAAAGUUGCAAUUGUAAUGAUAGCACUUGGAUCCUCAAUACUUGUUGUGGUCUUGCUUGGACUAAUUUAUAUAUUUUUAGUUAGAAAGUCUAAGCAAGAAGCCGUUAUCACUGAGGAAGAUGGUUCUUCAGACCUUUUGAAGAAAGUGAUGAAAGCUACAGCGAAUCUAAAUGAUGAGUAUAUUAUAGGAAGAGGAGCUGAAGGAGUUGUUUACAAAGCUGCAAUAGGUCCAGACAAUAUUUUAGCAGUGAAGAAGCUUGUAUUUGGUGAAAAUGAACGAAAACGAGUAAGCAUGUUAAGAGAAGUUGAAACACUUUCAAAGAUUAGGCAUAGAAAUUUGGUCAGACUGGAAGGUGUUUGGCUAAGAGAAAAUUAUGGUCUAAUCUCAUACAGAUUCAUGCCAAAUGGAAGCCUUUAUGAAGUUUUGCAUGAGAAGAAUCCGCCGCAAUCCUUAAAAUGGAAUGUCAGGAAUAAGAUAGCUGUUGGAAUUGCUCAAGGAUUGGUUUAUCUUCAUUAUGACUGUGAUCCUGUCAUAGUUCACAGAGACAUCAAAACAAGCAAUAUACUUUUAGAUUCCGAAAUGGAGCCUCAUGUUGCUGACUUUGGUCUUUCUAAGAUUUUGGAUCAGUCUUCCAGUUCUUCCUCAACACAAUCAGUAAAUGUUUCUGGUACACUUGGUUACAUUGCACCAGAGAAUGCAUAUACAACAGUAAUGGGAAAGGAGUCUGAUGUAUACAGUUAUGGAGUAGUUUUGCUUGAGUUGAUAUCAAGAAAGAAGGCAAUAAAUCCAUCAUUUAUGGAAGGAAUGGAUAUAGUUACUUGGGUGAGAUCUUUGUGGGAGGAAACAGGAGUUGUUGAUGAAAUUGUUGAUUCAGAACUUGCCAAUGAGAUAUCUAACUAUGAUUCUAAUAAAGUGAUGAAAGAAGUAACCAAUGUGCUUUUGGUGGCUUUGAGAUGUACAGAAAGGGAUCCACGCCGGAGACCUACAAUGAGAGAUGUUAUAAAACAUUUGUUGUAGUCUUGUAGAUGAUACACACACCAAAUAUAUACACAGCUUGUAAAUCACGGAAACAUUUUAUAUAGUAAAUGGUUUGUUUCUUAUGAACAAUUGUUUCUACUUUAUCAUACGAAGUUUUUGUAUUAUCGUA